AGUAGAAUCUCUUUGUCCUAAACUUUUCUGUAUUUAGAAUCUGCUUCUUUUUUUUACCUCGGGAUCUGUGAUAUUUUCCAUUGAAAAUGUCGCGAGGAAUACUUGAAGUACUUCUCGUUGGAGCUAAAGGCCUUGAUAAUACUGAUUUUCUCAAUAAUAUGGAUCCAUAUGUGAUCCUAACUUGUCGAUCUCAGGAGAAAAAGAGCAGUGUUGCAUCAGGGAAAGGAUGUGAACCUGAAUGGAAUGAAAACUUUAUUUUCUCUAUUUCUGAGGGUGUUGAAGAACUGUUCUUGAAGAUAAUGGACAGUGAUUCUGUAGGUGAAGACGACUUUGUAGGAGAAGCCAAGAUACCUAUUGAGCCAGUUUGUUCAGAAGGAAGCAUCCCAACAACUGCAUAUAAUGUAGUUAAAAAUGAAGAAUAUUGCGGAGAAAUUAAAGUUGGUCUCACUUUUACUCCUCAGGAUGAGCGUGAAGAAGAACAAGAAGAAAGCUAUGGCGGAUGGAAAGAGUCUUCUUAUAGUGAAGCAUAAGUCCAUCGAUCAAUUUGAUGUUGUUCUUCAGAUUACCAAUUUGAUUCCAGACGUUGUGUUCCAAUAUAUAUACUUAAAUGAACAUGUUGGGGUUUUCUUUCCCUUUUUUUGUGGUUUGUAGAGAGAAGAGGCAAAUUUUUGCUUGGUGCUCUUUGCCAUGAUUUUCGAUUUAUUAUUUCAUGAGUUGUUAUAUAAGGAUUAUUAUGUAAUAUGAUUUUACCAUAGCUUCCAAAUUGUCAAGUUCCAAAACCAUGCGGUAUAAGAUUCUGAAA